CUACCUUGCUGCUUUCUUCACCGUGGAUUGAUCACAAGGCCCUGCUAUCGCAGUCCAUUUCUGUCGAAUAAAAAGUGAGAUUGUUUUGUGGACACAAAAAUUCAUGUAUUUAGUAGACUGUCAUUUUAAGCUUGUUCCCUCUGAUUCUGGGAGCCCCAAAGGAAAUAUUGAAGGAAAACAAAAUUGUGCUUUACCUUGGUCUUUGAAGGUUGCAGGAGCUUCUAUAUUGAUUUCUUUUGCUGUUCUGAAGGCUACUUGGUAUGGGAGUUGUGACUGUUUCAAGCUCUGCAGCACGAUCUCCUCUUCGGCUGGGCGCAAUAUUCUCCAAUCACAAUUCGUCAUCGAAAAGACCAUCGAUUGUUGCUUUUAAAGUGGAUAAGCACACUGACACUACUCUGGUCUCACCUCACGAGCAAGUGAUCCUGCCUGUGGAGAGUAAUAACAGAAACCAGAAAAGAUCAGGAAAAACAAGCAAAUCUUUGAAGAGAGUUAAAGCUGUCUUUAUUGAUGAAGCUACUCCCUGCACUUGGGAUGUGGAUUACUAUGAGGCUGCUGCUAAACUUGAAAACAUAUUCAAGCUUAGCUCUGUGACAGAGGAUACCGAUGUGGAAUGUGAAGAUGGCAGACCGAAAAGACGCCAGCAAAGGAGGAAAAAACCAGACAAGAGACCAGGUGAUGGCAUAGUCAGGAACCAUACUAGGAGGAUUAAGCGACUAGAUCUAGACAAGAGGAUAGCAUUGAAAAGUAACAAGGAGGACAAAGCAACUCCUUCAUUAAGGAAACAAAAAGAUACUGUAAGUGAAGCUGAUGAAACUGAUGAUCUUGUUAGAAACUACCCUGCGUCAACUGAUAUGGUAAGUUUGGACUGGAAAAAAAUGAAGAUUCCUCCUGUUCUUAGUUCAUCAGAGCAUACCCGUUUGUUCAAGUUGGUUCAACCAAUGAAGGAACUUAUUCAAGUACAAGAAGAGCUGCAGAAAGAGUUGGGAAGAGAACCAACUGAAGGAGAAUUGGUCGAUGCAACAAAUAUGAAUGUAAUUCAAGUGAGGAGGCAACUGGAGGUUGGUCGUGCUGCCAGAAACAAUCUCAUCAAGCAUAAUCUUCGCCUUGUACUGUUUGUGAUCAACAAAUACUUUGAAGAUUUUGCAACUGGUCCAAAAUUUCAAGACCUUUGUCAAGCAGGUGUCAAGGGACUCAUGACAGCAAUCGACCGCUUUGAACCAAAGAGGAGAUUCCGGCUAUCAACUUAUGCUUUAUUUUGGAUAAGACAUGCUAUUAUUCGGUCAAUGACUCUCUCAAGCUUCACACGUGUCUCAUUUGGACUCGACUCGGUAAGAGUUGAUAUUCAAAGAGCUAAACUUGAGUUAUCAUGUGAGCAUCAUAGAUUACCAACAGAGGAAGAGAUUAUUGCAAAAGUUGGCAUCUCGCCUGAGAGGUACCUAGAAGUAAUGAGGGCUAUAAAACCAGUUUACUCUCUCCAUUCUAGGCACUCGACUACAUCAGAAGAGUUUAUCAAUGCGAUCACUGAUGUAGAAGGUACUGGAGGUGACAACCAGCGGCAACCAGCUCUUCUGAGGCUUGCUCUUGACGAUGUGCUUGAUUCUCUUAAGCCAAAGGAGAGCUUGGUGAUCAGACAAAGAUACGGUCUUGACGGGAAAGGAAACCGAACAUUAGGUGAGAUAGCAGGAAAUCUAAAUAUUUCAAGAGAGAUGGUGCGGAAGCACGAAGUUAAAGCUCUGAUGAAGCUCAAACAUCCUGCAAGAGUGGAUUACCUUCGUCGGCAUUUAAUCUGAAUCGAUGAGAACCUCAUGCUUUGUUUCAAUGAUCUUGUAGUCUGCAUAAUUUCUUAUGGCCAAAACAUCUCAAGGAGCAAGAGAUUUGUACCAUAUAUUUGUAACUAUGAUUCAUAUUUUGCAGUACAUUCAAUUGGCAGAUCUGCUACUUGUAGGCACAAGGGAGUUUGAUAGGAGAAGAAUAGCAAUUAAAACACAGGAAUGGUUGUACCUUUGUAUACAUAUAUGUGAUAAAAAUAUCUUAUACUGUUUAU